AUGCAGCGGUUUCUCGAUAGCAUAAGUGCAGCGACGCAGGCAAAGUCUCCGGCGGAGCACGAGACACUGGUCGCCAUGGCCGACCUCUACGCUAUCAUCACUUGCGUGGAGUACCUGGAGCGGGCGUGGCGCGCUAACGCCGUCUCCGAUGAAGACUACACACGCAACUGCUCACGAUUGAUCGCACAGUUUCGGGCAACGCGUCAGCUCGUCAUGGACGAUGUGCCGUCUGUGAUAUCCUUUCUUGAGGAGUACCACCUCGCUGCCCGAGCGGCGAUGAAUCGACUGCAGGUCGGUGUGCCUGCCACCGUCGAGCAUGCAAACAGCAGCGAUGAGACGCGAAGGCGUAACUUUACAGCGGCUGCAAUACAGGCAACCGAGGCGUUCUUGACAUUCCGUGACGCGUUGGAACUCGGCGAGCGUUCGGUCGACCGUUUGCUCCCGUAUUUGCGAGAAAUCCUGCUGGUCCUCGGCAGAAUGGGCGCGGUUUUUGGGACAGCCGACGGUGACGCUACCGUCCAGAGAGAGCGCAUUGUGCAGUGGGUUCGGCGUCUAGACGCAAUGCACGCCUAUGAGCAGAUCACUGAGGAAGACAAACGACAACUCGCGCACGACGUCGAUACGCUGUACGAUACCUUCCGACGCCGAGUAGGCGAGCUUGAAAUGUAG